AUGGCGUCUACGGUGCAACCUGUAGUGACGCUGGUUCAUCGGUGUGAUCAACUGGCGCAGCGAUUCGACAGUAUCUUCUUGAGCGCGUGCAUGCGUCUCACCGAACGUGCCAGCGGCGAUGCGUCCGCCACAUUAGACGAUACACUGACCGAUCUGCGUACCACAUUGGACAGAUGCGAAGACGUGGUCAGCGCCAUGCUGCGCUGUAUCUACGACGAUAUUCCGCAUCUCCUGGAUAUGCUCGAUCGCCAAGCCGAGACCGACCAGUGCGUCCCAGGUGUCUUUGCCAGUUGGAAUCCAAAGCAGGCACUCGACGAUAUCUCGGAGCUUUUCUACUCGUACCAAGACGUGCUGCUCAGCAAGCGCGAUCUGCUAGCCGAAUUCAGCUGCGAACAAAUCGCACGCGCCGACUUUGUCCAGCAAUGGACGAGCAUCGAUUCCACCCUGACGAGUCAGCGCAAACAGCAGGUCGACGACCUCGCCGAUCUGUUCGCUGCGUUCUAG